AUGCUUUAUGCUUAUCUCCACUUCAAGGAUGGUAAAAUCACAAGAAAGAUACGUAAGCCUCGAAUUUCUCCUUCUUUUGAAGAAUUCGUCGUGGCUUGUGAUUUACCCACCUCCAAAUGUCUCUACACCUCUGAGGCUCCUAGUUUCAUAGAGGACUUUGACUUUCUCUCUCAUCUCAAACUCUUUUUUAUUAAACCAUCUAUAGGUCACAAAUUCCCUCUUACUAUGUGGUUUGAUACUCUAAAUGCUCGUCUCAUUCUUUAUGUUGUUACUCAUGUGUUGAUCUCUAGAAAGUUAAAUGUUGGGAUGAUGUCUAAAACCGAUGUGGUGAUCACAUGGUUACUUGUCAAUAACGUUGAAAUUAAUUGGUCUAGUACCUAUCCUGUUAAAGUUUCAAGUCACAGACAUUAUCCUCCAUCAGUUUCUAUUCAGCCCGAUGCCAAUCGGACCAGAAACCCUCAUAAUGACCGAAUUAACCAAGGGCCAGGGCAGGCGAGGCACACCAGGUAUACAUGGCUAAGUUGCCCAUUUCUUCCUCCAAAAAGGGCUCAGAAAUCCUAG